AUGGAUCCAAGUCGCGGCGGUCCUAUGCAUGGUCUAGAGGAGGGCCACAUACCUUACGGCGCUUAUCAGUUCGCUCCCCAGCUAUCGCGCUCGACGCACGAUACGUUUGGGGCCGGCAUGGGCUAUGCGGCGCCAUACACGCAAGGAGGCACGCAGACGACCCCGCCUCAGGCUGCGAAUGCGCCCAUAUUCGAACUUGAAGUGUUCCGCGCCGAUAUGUAUGCAGGCACAGGCUAUGAGCACACGCCCAUAGCUGAGCAUAUCAUACGUUUGCUCGAACUCUACGUUCAACUCAAAGACGGAGGGAGGCUGGAUACAAUUCCCGCUUCAGCCGCGUUGCAUUUCAUACCACCUGAGCCCGCUGUACGCCUCCUAUUCGAACGUCCGCGUAUCGACCCUGACUGCCAGUCUUCACAGCAAACUGGUAUCACCCCAGACGCCGCGGCAGGGUCGUCCCAGGAGGGCGUCCAUGUCUGCAAAUGGCGUGGAUGUGGCCAACAUAUCGGAUCGACCGCCUCCGAUGUCAAGAUUCACCUGAUCUCAUGCCACUUCGACGACAUCCCCGAGCCGCCGGAGGUUUGGAAAGACUCCGGGUUGAAACUCGCUUGCCGCUGGAGUGAGUGCGAUAGCGAGCUUUUUAUACGAAGCCUCCCGAAACACAUAUGCGGCACGCACCUCAAGUCCAACACGCAGUUGUGCCCCGUCGAGGGGUGCAACGAAAGGCUUUCGAGGGGCGAUGCCUUGAAGCGGCACAUGGAUUCGAGGCACAAAAACCAAUGA